AUGGGCAGCGGGUAUCUGAAGCGGAAGCGGGAGCGCCAGGAGCUGCUGAACGACUUCUACUCUGCUCUGUCGUCCUCGUCCUUCAACACCGCCGGUGACCAAUUUAGCAAGCUGGUGACGCGCACCGUUUAUCACUACCCCUCGUCCCUCCCGUUCCCCGUGCUGCUCGAUGACGACUUCCCCGCCGAGCAGUACCGAUCCCGCAAUAAGGACAUUAAGAGCGCCAUCCACUGGGGACAGCGUAAACUUCUUCUCUCCGAGAUUCAACUCCUCUCCAUGUACUGCCGGCCAGAGAUCUCGUAUCACAUUGUGUAUGCUGGCGCCGCUCCUGGGACCCAUCUGGCGUUUCUGGACGAGAUGUUCUCGUGCCGGCACACGUGGGAACUGAUCGACCCCGGCCAGUUUGACCGCGCGGUGCUGGAGCCGCGCGCGAACUUCAGGUUGCGCAACGAGUUCUUCACCAACGCGACAGCGUACGGCAUCAACGCGCGUCGCCUCACUGAAGUCUUCCCAGCACUUGGUUUUGUGUACCAGAGCGUGGCCGUGGACAGUGUGCAGGCUGACAAGAAGGCGAUCCACGAGCAGCUUCAGGGCAUCGUUGGCACGCUGGACGUGGCCCGUGGUACCGAGGAUAUCCCUGCCAUGUACGAAGCGCCGCUGUCGCUUCCUAAAGGGUUGGAGGUGUUGGCGCAGGUUGCGCUGGAGCGCAAUAAGCCUCUGCUCUUCAUCUCGGACAUCCGCUCAGGCAGUGUGGCGCUGCCGAACUUCGAGGACCACGUGGCGGAGAACAUGCGCGCGCAGGAGUGCUGGACAAACAUCUUGCACGGCGAACACAGCAUGCUCAAGUUCCGCCUGCCCUACACCAGCAAAUCGACUGAGUUCGGCGGCCAGGGCGUCGUGCGUGAAACUCGCCUGAUUCGCGAGGACGGCACUGUCCCUUAUCUACGUGGUGACAUGCUGCUUCCCAUCUGGACGCGGCCAACAAGCACGGAGGGUCGGCUCGUGGUGCCACAAGGCGCCUUCCAGAAGGACUACAACGUUGCCCACGUGGAGGACCAAUUCUUCUUCUUCAACUCUAGGGUUCGGGAGCAGGUACACUUCAAUCACCUGGUCGUCCACGACGACGAGCUCGAUCAUCACUACGACGCUGCGGCCGAGGUGCACUGCCUCCUGACCUACUUGCGCUUUAUACGGCCAGAGCUGAAGACUGCGAAAACGGGGGAGCUGCGAAAGGAGGUUCUGCGCGUGGCGCACUCCAUCACGGAGCACCUUGGCAUUACCUUUGAAGAUGCCAUCCGUCGUCGCGACGCACUCAUGAUCAACUACGCCAAGAAGAGUCAGAACAAGGCGGUUGAGGGCCACAAAGACGACGCUUACGACGACGAGGAAGCGGAGGAGCAGGAGGCGAAGAGUGCUGCAUCCAAGGUGCGCGCAAGCUCGAACGAGAGCGCCGCUGCGACGGACGGCGCCGCUGCUGGCACAACAGCACCGGUGCUGCCGUCGGAGUGGGAGCAGACGACGCGACUCAUGGUGCGUCUGUCGAACUACGACCGCAACCGGCCGGUGUGGAGCCGGAACGUGAGAGAGGAGGAGCACAGCAAGACCAGCAGUUUUUGGGUGACUACGAAGAUGCCACAGGCGUGA